AUGUUGCCCUUUUCAUCUGCAGACUUUUGUAUUGAUAAGUUGCCCAUCGUACGUGGAUCAAUAGGCUACAUAACAACUACUUCCCAUCUAUCAACAUGCAAUGUCAUUAAAAACGUUAAGGCUCCGAAGAAGAAGGGAAGAAAUUUUCUGCAGGGUGAUCAACAGUUACAUGAUCGGGAGGAAGAGAGCCAAUUAAGAAGCGGAACUCCGCACAAAGACUGCGACGGGCUUUCCACUGGUGCGCCUCAAUCUGGGCAGGUAUUGCCCGAAGUGAACUCCGCCGCCAACGUUACGGCUGUGACGCUUCUCGUUUGCGCGCGUGGGCGGCCGUGCCGCUGCCGCGUGGGCGAGCGAGGGGCGUACUCACAUGAUGUCGCCGAGUUUGACGCGCGUCUGGACGAGGGCGCACGACUUGAAGUCGGAGGUGGUGACGGCGCGGCGCCGGCGGUAGCGGGGGCUGGCGGGCGAGUGCGGCGGCGCGGGCGGCCACCCCUCGGGCGCCGCCGGGUCGCCGCCGAGCCGCACCAGCGGCGAGCUACCCCGCCGCCGGGUGCUCAUGUGGCGGCCCGCCACCCCGCCCAGCAUCCUGCAACUGCACCGCCGCCGCGCGCUCAAAAAGUAAGAUAA